GCGGGGCGGUGCAGUCAGCACAGCAGGGCCGCCGCUGCCGCCGCCUCCGCUGCCAGGACAGCCCCGGCCCCCGCACCCCGGCACCCCAGCGAGAUGCCCCGAGUAGACGCAGACCUCAAACUGGACUUUAAAGAUGUCCUGGUCAGACCUAAAAGGAGCAGCCUCAAAAGCAGAGCAGAGGUCGACCUCACACGCACCUUCACCUUCCGUAACUCCAAGCAGACGUACACAGGAAUUCCCAUUAUAGUGGCAAACAUGGACACUGUGGGGACGUUUGAAAUGGCUGUGGUUAUGGCAAAACAUGCAAUGUUCACUGCAAUUCACAAGCAUUAUUCUCUGGAAGAAUGGAAACUGUUUGCUGCCAAUCACCCAGAAUGCCUUGAGCAUGUAGCAGCAAGCUCAGGUAGUGGACAAGAAGAUUUGAAAAAGUUAACAAGUAUUCUAGAGGCCAUUCCAGCUAUCAAAUACAUCUGCCUGGAUGUGGCAAACGGCUAUUCAGAGUAUUUCGUGGAGUUUGUGAAGUCCGUCCGUGCCCUGUUCCCACAUCACACCAUUAUGGCAGGCAAUGUGGUGACAGGAGAGAUGGUAGAAGAACUUAUUAUUUCUGGAGCAGAUAUUAUUAAAGUGGGUAUUGGACCAGGUUCUGUGUGUACCACUCGGAUUAAGACAGGGGUGGGCUAUCCACAGCUAAGUGCUGUUAUUGAGUGUGCAGACUCAGCACAUGGCUUGAAAGGACAUAUCAUCUCUGACGGAGGAUGCAACUGCCCAGGAGAUGUCGCCAAAGCGUUUGGAGCUGGUGCUGACUUCGUCAUGAUUGGAGGAAUGUUUGCAGGCCAUGACCAGAGUGCUGGAGAAAUUCUAGAAAGGAAUGGCAAGAAGGUGAAACUAUUCUAUGGAAUGAGCUCUGAUACAGCCAUGAAGAAGCAUGCAGGAGGGGUUGCUGAAUACAGGGCUUCAGAGGGCAAGACUGUGGAGGUGCCAUAUAAAGGGGAUGUGGAACACACCAUCCUGGACAUCCUCGGGGGGCUGCGCUCCACCUGCACCUACGUGGGAGCUGCCAAACUGAAGGAACUGAGCAAGAGAACGACGUUUAUCCGGGUCACCCAGCAGCACAACGAGGUCUUCUCCUAGCCUAGGCCUGGGGGGCUGGAGAGAGGGCUGGGGAAGAAGAGCAGGAAGGGCUGCUCUCUUCCUUUGCUUUCUCCUCCAUCUUGUGUUAGUGGCAAACUUCCCUCUCUCUCUCUCUCAGAACAGCAGUGUCAUAGCCAUUGGCUAUGGCUGGGAUUUGGAAGGGGAAGGUCAUGCUAUUAACACAAUGCCAUUGAUUCAAAAUGCAAUUGCCUCAUCUUUUAUCAUUGUGCCUAUUUUAUUUUUUAGUCAUUUCUUCACCUGUUUUUUUCCCCCCUCUGAUAAAAAGCUGCUGAAACCUCAGUUAACAAGGAAUUGGCUUGUACAGACAUGGCUGUUGACGCCUGCACACAUUCACACAUUCCCUUUUCUAAGACUGACCUGUCAGCUACCACCACUUUCUGGCAGUGCACCUUUCAGAAAUUGCAGGCUGGGAGAGAAAAAGAUGCAAGGAAUUGCAUGGACAAAAAAACCCUCAAAUUCUCUUCAUCUUUUUUCUGGCUAAAGAACAGAUGAUAUGGCACAGCUGCCAGAGGUGGAUGGUAGAUGAGGCCUGGCUGCUGGUGAGAUGUGAUGCUAAAAACACCAGAUCUCUGUCACUUUCAGUUCACAGGGCUGAUGUUGCUGUUCUUUCUUAAACCUCCCUGUUCAAUGGACUUGCCCCUUCAGAGAAGCGGGCACUGAAUGUAGCAAAACCGUGCUGGCCCCCGUGCCCCCGUCUGAGGAGAUCAUUCAGGUGACCACUUUUCAGAGCUUGCCUGCUUUAUCAUAAGUGCAGUUAUUGAAUUACCUGGGUUCCUGCUUUUACCUUCUCUCUGGGAACAGGUUUUUAAGAUAUUGAAACUCAGCAACUGUAAGCCUGACAUGGGGGGACGAUUCUUUGUAGCCCUCCCUGUUCCCUUGCCUGCUCACAUCCAUUUAGCAAAGAUGUAAAAACACUGUGCAGUGCAUUGUCUGUGGCCAGGUGGAGGAGGCCAGAGGGAUCAAAUUGCCUUCUGGUUACGUGGUACCACUCCUUUGCAGUCCUUGACAUCAUGUAAAGCAAGAGAGAGCUUUUGGCAGAGCAGCCUGGUUGAUUGCAAGACACUAUCAGGCUUAGAUGGAGUUAAAGCAUUUGCUCUAAAGGCAGUAGUGAAUAUUUGAGACUCUGAGUAACACCUCAAUAAAGUGUAAUGGCCUGAUAAUUAAUUGAUAAAUCACAAUGAAAAUUUCUUUGGAAAUACACAUUGCAUCCACAUGAAUACCACAGUAGCUCAAUAUGAUAAAUGAUGUAAAAGUGAGCACCAAUGAAUUAAUAAUGCUUGGCCACUUACUUUAAACUGCUGCUGAGAUCAUAAUGCAGCUGAUGUUACUUCAGUACUUCAGAGUCUUACUUUCCCCUCCUGUAGACAUCUGUGGAAAGAGGCAGGCUUUCUUUGAAAAGCAAAAAAGUGAUCUGUAGGAAAAGGAAUAGCAAAGAGAAACUCUAGAAUUAAACUUAUACGCUGGACCGCUCAAAAAGCCAGUCACAAGGACUGGUACAGUUAACCAUGCUGAGAAGCAAAUCCAGGCCACAAGCUGAUCCCUGGUGAUUUUUCAGUGUGUUGUGCACAUUAGAAAAAGCAGAGGGUAUCUUCUAAAUUUCCUGGUAUUUAACAUGUAGGAUGUACUUCUUAAUUGUGGGAUGACCUCUUCCUCUGCUUUGGAAGAGAACGAGGGCCUUGAUGUGAGCACAUGUUAUGCUUGUGCUGGCUGCAAGGACCAUUUGUCUUGCCCACACAUCAUAAAGGAAUGUGAAUGCAGAAGAGAAGCAGGCCCUAUGAAUCCAGGCCCUGAUCUCUCCAGUUCCCUCCAGCCUGGAAGCAUCAUGUUAAGAGAAUGCCAGGCUUCUCCACCACAGAAAGGCACCAUGGUCCACCUGCUGCUCUCAGCUGCACUAGGCCCAGAGCAGGGCAGUGUGACCUCUCUGCAUCAGUUCAGCUGUGGGACAGCACUGCUCUCUGUUUAUGUGAUGUAGAGGGGGAGCAAAUGGACACCUCUGUCAGGAGUGGGGCUGGACCACCACGGCCCAGGCCUGACCACAGGUGUGUCUCCACACUGGUGCCUUCACAUGUGGGAAGUGCAGCACUCUGCUGGUCUCAUGCCCACUCUCACUAGCGCUUUUCUACUUUUUUUAGCUACAUUUCUAAGUGGAAUUUAAGAAAUCCGUAUGCAUAUAAGAAAAUAUAUAUAUUUGUAAACAUUUUUUUAAAAGAUCAUGCGCACACCAAACCAAGCAGCUUUAUGAUGGCCUCAGAACAGUUUCUUUUCCAAAGGGCAGGUGCUGGGGACAAGGGGAGGCUGCCUCUCUACAAGUGUGGCAAAUGGGGCCACUCUUCCACCUCCUUUCCUUCUCCUCCUGCACAUAACUCUGAUCAGUGACUAAUAGGACAGGGACAAGCUAUUCUUAAGCUGUCCCAGAAAAUUCUUCAGUCUAUGAAUGACAUUUGAUGCCAUGAAUGGUGAUUGAUAAAGUUUUGAUGUUAGGUAUUUGGUUUUCUGAAUAGCAGGUCUUACCACUGUUUUGAUAAGCAACAUGUUUUCUUUCAUUUUCUCCUCUCCAAAAGUGAGCAGGAGAGAGAAAUGAGAUGCAGAAAGGCUGAACUGGUGGCAUGUCUGCAUCUCACCCAGUUAUAUGUGAAUUUUGUUCAGGAAUAACCCUUAGCUAUGUCAGUGCUUAUCACUGACACUGUAUAUGUGCAGCUCUGAGACAGGCUGGAAAAUACAAAAAAACACUGGAGUCCCCUUUAACACCUAUUCCUGUGCUGCAGCUCUUGCCCUGAUCUUCACUUAGCUCCAGGUCCUGUACCCUGCUCAAGCCUGCUGCCACUCCCACAAGGAACGGAGGCAGAGGGAACCAGGAACACGCUUUGUCUGGCAGGACGGUCCAAGUCAAGACCACAACCACUGACAAAUGCCAUGUGCCAUUUUUAGAUCUACCUCACCUGCACAUCUAACUGGGUUUUUUGUUACUUGGUGUCCUUUUGUGGGAAAAGAAAUUUUUAAACUGCUUAAUAAUUCUUAAUGUUGUCAUUCUGCAUAACCAGGCCUUCUUUAAUCCUACACUCCAACCCCAUCCUGUCCAGAGGAAUGCUGUGAGUGUGACAGCCUGUACUGCAGGCCAGGGCCAUGCCUGCUUCCCCAGCCAGGCAAUUGUUGGGCUCCCAAGAGCAGUGUUGAGGUUCCCACUGGAUCCACAGGGGUGCAGUUUGACAUACCAAAGACCUACAAGUGGGGAUGCUGAAAAGGGCAACAUUUUGUCAUCAAGCAAUCCCUGCUGAGCAUGUCUGCCUGUGGCUUCUUGGAACAUAAGGACACCUCUGACAGCCCUGGCACUCCCAGUGCUGCUCUGGGGUUGCCUUGCUGCAGCACAUUUUGCAGGAUGGGCUCCUGCCCACAGAGCCUGGUUACCAGAACUCUCCUUGGGAGGGAAGGGCUCGGCACAGGAGCGGCCUUGCGCACUCCCCGGUGACUCUGUGGUGGCUGCAAGGAGUGCACUGUGCAAGUGGACACCUCCUUGUAGGUGUGAAUAAUUGCUAAAGGGGUGGGCUUGAGCCAGCAUCCUGACAGAUGCAAAACAAGCCACCAAGGUCUCCAUUCUCUGGGAGAAACGCAUUCCCAUCUGCUCAUUGGAACACCCAAUGGGGCAGGGGCUUUGGCCGUGCUUUGGUGUCACUUUCUUCUCCCUCAGGGCAUGGUGGGGUUGAAUGUAGGAUGGGGACACCCUGUAAAUAUGGAGAGUUAAAAGGCAGGAUCAGAAGAAGCCUCUGUUUGCCUUUGGGGGAGCUUUUCCUAUAUAAAAUGUGCCUGUCUCUUCUUUAAGCUAGUCAGUAGCAGGGGUAGAAAGGAUGAGGAUAAGGAAGAAAUGUGGCAGCUGUUGGCCAAGCCCCACUGUGUUGGGACAGGUGCUUUCAGUCAAGGACAUGAUGAGAGUUUGAAGCUUUUCUGAACCAAGCACUCCCUACUUUAUACCUGUUGAACUCCACUCUUGUGACAGACUUGUUGCUGCAGCUUUCUGCCGCUGUAUGUACAGUGUCUAUCCAUCACCAUCUCACAUCCCCCACCGGGGGAUGGUGCUGUUUAGUUGCUAAUACCAGUUUUACACCAAAAAUUCUCUUUUGGAGCCAGGAGGGCUUUUGAAGCCAGUGCCAGAUUUGGCCUUGUGUAGAAGAGAAGUGGAGGGGGGAAAAUGCCAGGGCUCAAGAACAGGGGUUUUCCCUCUGCAGCAGCCAAGGCCAGCAGGUGGGAGAGGGCCAGCCCUUCCCUGCGGGCUGGGAGCUGGCAGGGGCAGCAGGGUUGAAGCGUGUCUUGAGUAGAUGCUGGCACAGCUCUACACUCAGGACAGGCCACUCCCUGCAGCCUUAGCUUCAUUUGUGGUGAUGCUUAAUCGAGCCCUCCCCAACAUUUAUUUGACACAGUGUUUGCUGGCCAAAGUUUUCAUACAUAAAUCAGUUUGGAGUCCAGGACUCCAUGGUGUUGCCUGUGAUAACUGUGAAGCGCUUCUGUGUCAUUGGCCAAAAAGCUGCUGGGCUUUCAGUGUUUUUCUGCCCUGCUCAGCCCUGCUGAGAUGGUGAUGAGAUGCUGCCCCCUUUCCCUCUGCUGUGGCAUCCCCGUGUGUGCUGCCCAAUCAUCCCAACUGCUCCCAAGUUUUUGUUAUGCAAUAAAAAGCUUCACCCUGACGGGCUGCAGAGCGUUGUAUGGCCAUGGGGUGGGUGGGUACAGGCCGCCUUUGGGAAUCGUCACAAAUAAAAGCCAAUGCUCUCAAAUGCAUUGCCAGGGCAGGGCUGGGGGAGGACUGGGCAGGGAAUUAAACUGGGCAAAUUAUGUCCCUAGGAAAGCUCUCUCCCCUUCAGUCAUAAAAGACAAAACACACAUUUGCAAUUGGCACUGUUAUUUUAUUAGUACGAGUAUACUGAAACAAUAAACUUGUACUGGUAUACAGACAAUUUCUUUAAAACAAUUUUGUUCAAAUUUUGAAUCAAACAUUGUUUUAUUAUAAUAAUGAAAUAAUUUCUACCUAGAAAACCUGCAAGCACCAUCAAAGAAAGGGACCAUAAAAUUCAAUAAACAGACGCGAGUGUAUCCUACAAAUAGACACACCACCAUUAGAAAAUAGAAUAUGAAUUCUUCCAUUUUUUUUAAUAUUUGUUUUAAAAAAGCUAGUGCAAGUACAAUAUUUUACACUGGAAUUACAGAGAGUAUGCACGCAUAUGGAAAAAAGUUCUCCUGUCACAAUAAAAGCUCUUAACUAUGUCUGUA